AUGGCUUUCCGCAUUGAAGCCAAUAAGUCGGCAUCAAGGAGUGAACGUUCUCUUCUUUUCUCCUUGUUGCAGGUGGGGGAGCAUAAGUUUAGCGCCCAUCGGAUCGUGCUGGCGGCCUCCAUCCCCUAUUUCCACGCCAUGUUCACCAAUGACAUGAUGGAGUGUAAGCAGGAUGAGAUAGUCAUGCAGGGGAUGGACCCCAGCGCUCUGGAAGCUCUGAUAAACUUUGCAUAUAACGGGCACCUAGCCAUAGACCAGCAGAACGUUCAGUCUCUCCUGAUGGGCGCCAGCUUCCUCCAGCUUCAGAAUAUAAAGGACGCCUGCUGCUCCUUCCUGAAGGAGAGGCUGCACCCCAAGAAUUGUCUGGGAGUUCGGCAGUUUGCGGAGACCAUGAUGUGCACGGUGCUGUACGAUGCUGCCAACCGCUUCAUCCACGAGCACUUUGUGGAGGUGUCCAUGUCGGAGGAGUUCCUGGCCCUGCCCUUUGACGAAGUCCUGGAGCUGGUCUCCCGGGAUGAGCUGAAUGUGAAGGUGGAGGAGCAGGUCUUUGAAGCUGCGUUGGCGUGGAUUCGCUACGAUCGGGAGCAGCGAGAAGUCUUCCUUCCAGAAAUGCUGACUAAGGUCCGCCUGCCGCUCUGCCGCCCCCAGUUCCUCACCGACCGCGUGCAGCAGGAUGAUCUGGUGCGCUGCUGUCAUAAAUGCCGGGAUCUGGUGGAUGAAGCGAAGGACUAUCACCUGAUGCCGGAGCGCAGACCUCAUCUACUAGCGUUUAAAACGCGUCCGCGGUGUUGCACAUCGAUCGCUGGUCUGAUCUACGCCGUGGGAGGACUGAACUCGGCAGGCGACUCUCUGAACGUGGUGGAAGUCUUCGACCCGAUCGCCAACCGCUGGGAGAAAUGUCAGCCGAUGACCACCGCUCGCAGCAGAGUAGGCGUCGCUGUUGUGAACGGGCUCCUGUACGCCAUUGGAGGCUAUGACGGCCAAUCGCGGCUCAGCACUGUGGAAGUGUACAACCCCGAAAUGGAUACAUGGACCAAAGUAGGGAGCAUGAAAAGCAAAAGGAGUGCGAUGGGGACGGUGGUCCUGGACGGACAUAUUUAUGUGUGCGGGGGCUACGAUGGGAACUGCUCCCUGAACUCUGUGGAGACCUAUAAUCCCGAGACUGACAAGUGGACGGUGGUGACUCCUAUGAGUUCCAAUCGCAGCGCGGCGGGCGUGACCAUAUUCGAGGGCCGGAUCUACGUCUCCGGUGGACACGAUGGACUACAGAUCUUUAACACUAUGGAAUAUUACAACCACCACACCACCACUUGGCACCCCGUGGCCAGCAUGCUCAACAAACGUUGCCGUCACGGAGCGGCCUCGCUGGGCAGCAAGAUGUUCAUCUGCGGCGGCUACGACGGCUCGGCCUUCCUCAGCGUGGCCGAGGUCUACAACUCCAUGGCGGACCAGUGGUACCUCAUCACCCCCAUGAACACUCGCCGCAGCCGCGUCUCCCUGGUUGCCAACUGCGGCCGGCUGUACGCCCUGGGGGGCUACGACGGCCAGUCCAACCUGAACUCCGUAGAGAUGUACGACUCGGAGACCAACCGCUGGACGUUUAUGGCCCCCAUGGUGUGUCACGAAGGCGGGGUCGGGGUGGGGUGUAUCCCGCUGCUGACCAUCUAGCGGGCCUACAAGAACGCGUCCCACUGUGACGGGAAGCGGGAUCGACGUCCUUUAUUUUUUUAAUAUAUAUAAAUGUGAAAGUCUAGACAGGUACAAAUCCAGGUGCUCAGAGUCCGCUCCAUCAUGUUUAUACCCCUCCCCCCCACUACUAUGGUCAGACAAUCUCUCUACCAGUAUAUCGAAUGUAUUUAUUGACCCCCUCCCCUUGGGGGAGGAUCUUCGGGGUC